GUAUGAAUUAAUGCGCACUCCCCACGAGACUAUACAACGGUAUUGGGCAUUUCCCUCUUGAACACAAAAUUUGGGUUUCAUGUUCCCCUACCUACCACAGCGCGAUAACAAAAUUGUAGCUUUUCGAUAGAAAUACUUGUGGAAAGGUUUCGUAAAUAACAUUAUAUGAUUUACGAAUAGCCGGGAAAAUAGUUUUUCAAAAAGUUAUAGUGGUCGAGUUGUGGAAGUUUAUUUUCUAACCAAACAGCGUUCGAGCCUCAUUUCGUGCAUAGUGGUACUCAAGUACAUGAUGAAAAAGUGCAGUGUGUGAUUAAAAAAUCUUUAUCUCCGGAAGCUUAAUGCAAGGCGGGUGUUUAUCUGUCAAAUUAGUGAAGUAAUAGAUACGUAAACUUGAUGUUGCGUGUAGAGCAGUGCCAAUGUUUACGCCGAAGUUGACUGAAACCUAUCAAUGUAUUGGAUCAGGAUGUAGCCCAGGUGCAUUAUGAGCUGUGAGGAAUACAUUAAGUAUAAAAGGUACGAGGCUUUAACAUAGUUCCCGCGCAAACGGUGUCAAGAUGACAGAACCAUUGAUCAAGGUGAAGCAAGAGCGGCCCGAUGAGGCCGAAAUCAGGGAGAUGGCCGCCAAAAUGGUGGAGGCUAAUAAGGCCAAGGCGCUGGCGGCGUCGGUGGCUGCCGCGCGCCCUCCACCUGGAGCCCUAGUGGGAAUACCACCACCCGGAGCCGGUGGGCAAUUGGGGAUUCUGAAUUUCCUGAAUCGGAAACCAGGAGUUCCGGGCACUGUCCCAAACGUGGCAGAGCAGCGGCCGGUGUCCGACGCCGAGAAGAAGCUUCCGGCGCCCGACGAAGCCAGUUGGAAAGGUCAUUUCGGCUGGGAUAUGCUGGGCAAGUGCCACAUCCCCUACAUCUAUCGGUCCGGCGGCGAGAAGUACGUUGCUGUACGGAUGGUGGAGAUUAAGCUCCUCAACAAGUACCUGAAUUACCUUCAUGCAGACAUCUACUCGUGUACAUGCAUCAGAAGUUACUACAUCACCGAGAUUGAGGCCCGGUUAUUAAAUGAGAUAAAUAAUAGGCAUUGUGACAGUCAAUUUGGCCGAGACCCCUUUACUCAAAAGGACUUAGUAGUGAGGUUAUCAGACGCUUAUGAGUUCUACAACUUCCUAGACGUAUGUUACAAUAAGUUACUCCGUGGCACGACCAAUACAAAGGACAAAUGUGGUUUUAUUAGGAUUAAUAAAGAGUCAGUUGUACCUUAUACUGUUCGGGACAAUCAGAAGUUUGUUCCUCUAUUUUAUUUUGAAGGUGAAACGGACAAUUUGAAAUUAAAAGCAGACCAACUGAAGGGAUGGGACCUGUCUUACUUAAAGUUUUGUUGCAAAGUGCAGGGGAUCCGCAAUGAAUUGUUUGCCAGUGAGACGUGUUCAGUGAUCAGUUUGACAGACAUUAAAACUUAUUUCCCUCCUGGUACGGAAUUUGAAGAAUAUUGGCCCAACAAAGUUGUGGACUCACAGCUCUUGAUCUCAGCUAAGGCAGGCGCUGUAUCAGGAGGCGGGCAAUGGACGCGAGCGCCACCAGCACCUCCACCAGGUGUAGUCGGCGUCGGCGGCAAUGUAGGCCUUGGGGCCGUUGCGGCCACCGGCACACGAGGUCGAAGAGCCAAUACACAACGACACUCACCCGCUGCAGCCGCUGCUAUGCAAAUGCCGCAUGCGGGGCUGUCCGCAGCGGCGGUACAAGCUUUGGCCAACGGGUGGAGUCUACCUGGACAAUUGACGCAAGCGCAGACACAGCAGGUGCUACGGCUAGCGCAGGCGCAGGUGGCUGCGCAGGCGCAGGCCGCGGCGCGGUACAGCAACGCGGUGGCGGCCGCCGCCGCCGCUUCGCUGCCGCACCGGUCGCAGCACCAACGGAACUCACAGUUUCCAAAUAACGCGAUCACGAUGUCGAUGGGUCAGCAGCCCCCCCCGCUCCUCGUGCGCAGCUCCGCCAACACUACCACUAUGAAGUGAGCAUCACCUGUUAGCAUUGUCCUAAUACCUCACUUACAUGUAUCAACAUCAUCAAUCCGUAAAAAGGCCGUAGUCCGGCCACGCUCGGCCAAUGCGGGUUGCGGACAUUCGUUUUCAGGGGUUGUGAACCUUCUUCGACAUGCAAGUUUCAUCGCAAUGUAUUGCUUCACCUUUAACAAGAAUUAUUGCUAAUAAACAAUCACAAUGUAAUUAGAAAUUAAAAGCCAUAGGUACAUGACGCGAGAGGUAUUCGAAUCAUUGACGUUUCUCUCCACUGGGCUACCAUCGCACUUACAUCCGACAUCUGAUUAUUGCCGGUCCUAUGUAGAAAUAGAUAAAUCCAUUUGUAUAUUAUAUUUCUGACAAGAGAUUUCAGAUUUCAACAUGCACGCCUGUUUGGAUUUUGCAAUGUUCAUCUGACUUUUAAAAACUUCCAUCUAGUUGAGAUAUGAUCGAAAUAAAUUUUUGUACAAUUCAAUACAAUGCUGUCCUUAUUGCAUACAAGAACAAAUUAAAAAAUAGAUAAAACACUAAACGCAAGCUACAA